AUGGGCCACCUGGGCCCUCUGUUUUCUACCACCAGGACAAUGCGGCUCUGGCUCUGGGGGCCUCGGAGCCUAGGCGUGGCUCUCGGAGUCUUCAUGACCAUCGGAUUUGCCCUACAGCUUUGGGGAGGCCCCUUCCAAAAGAAGCUACCUGGAGUUGGGCUUCAACUUCGACCACCCUGGUUCCCAUCCCAGCAUCCAAGCAGCAACCAAUCCUGUUCACCUCAGCAGCGGCUGGUGUUCCUGAAGACGCAUAAAUCUGGGAGCAGUUCUGUGCUGAACCUGCUCCAUCGCUACGGAGACCGGCAUGGGCUACGGUUUGCCCUCCCUGCCCGCUACCAGUUUGGUUACCCAAGGCUUUUCCAGGCGUCCAGGGUUAAAAAUUACCACCCGCAGAAUGAAGAAGCUGAGCCACCCUUUCACAUCCUCUGUCAUCACAUGAGGUUCAACCUGAAAGAGGUACUUCAGGUCAUGCCUUCUGACAGCUUCUUCUUUUCCAUCGUCCGAGACCCAGCAGCUCUGGCUCGUUCUGCCUUCUCUUACUAUAAAUCUAUCUCUUCAGCCUUCCGCAAAGCUCCCUCCCUAGCUGCCUUUCUGGCUAAUCCUCGAGCCUUCUACCGGCUUGGGGCGCGUGGGGACCACUAUGCCCGCAACCUGCUGUGGUUUGACUUUGGCCUCCCCUUCCCACCAGACAUGAGGGCCAAGAAAAGAAAUCUUCACCCCCCAAGAGACCCCAACUCUCCACAGCUGUAUGUCCUGCCUUCUGGUGCUGGCCCUCAGGCCCAGACUCUGGAUCUCAAUGCUCUUGUCCAUCCUGUGCUUACGGUUGCUGAAGGUCACCACCACCAGACGUCCAGCCCUCCUUCUUUAGAUGCGGGGCCUUCGUCCUUCAUCCAGUGGGGCCUAGCCUGGUUGGACUCUGUCUUUGAUCUGGUUUUGGUGACUGAGUACUUUGAUGAGUCGUUAGUCCUGCUGGCGGAUGCCCUGUGUUGGGAUCUAGAUGACGUGGUGGGCUUCACGCACAACGCCCAGGCUGGAGGCAAGCCGAGCCUCCAUGCUGCCAGGGAAGACAGGCUGACUGAUGAGCAGCAGCAGCUGGCUGCCCGCGCCCGCGCCUGGAACAACCUGGACUGGGCACUCUACGUUCAUUUCAACCGCACCUUGUGGACACGGAUCGAGCAGUACGGUCAGAGCCGGCUCGAGAGCGCAGUGGCAGAGCUCCGGGCUCGGAGAGAGGCCCUGGCUAAACAUUGUCUAGUAGGGGGCGAGGCCCUCGACCCCAAAUACAUCACCGACCAAAGGUUCCGCCCCUUCCAGUUUGGGUCAGCUAAGGUUUUGGGCUAUAUAUUACGCAGCGGACUGAGCCCCCAAGACCGGGAGGAGUGUGAGCGCCUGGCUACCCCUGAGCUCCAGUACAAGGAUAAGCUGGAUGCCAAGCAGUUCCCCCAUAGUCUCUCUGCUUCUCCAAAGCUUCCAGGCUACUUUCCCCAUGGGCAUCAGGCUCCAUUGGCAGGUUAA